AAACGUGCCUCAACAUAGCCACCUGUGAAUUUUACUACUGAGAGAAGGAGAGAGAAGAAAGAACAAGAGAGUGACCGUUUUGGAGCGACAAGGCUUUUCAUUAUGGCUGGACAAAAGAAAGAAGUGGUAUUUCAGGUUCCUCUUACAAAUCAAGAGCAAUGGGAUGAGAUGCUUGCUCGUAAAGGAGUAAAUGUCAUUGAUCUGUAUCAGCAAUGGUGCGGUCCUUGUAAAGCUGCUGUUGGCUUCUUCCGGAAAAUAAAAAAUGACCUAGGAGAUGAUCUUUUACAUUUUGCUACGGCUGACGCUAACAGUAUUCCAGCACUAGAGAGGUAUGUUGGGCCUUGCAUACCCACCUUUCUCUUUAUAGCUGGAGGAGAGCUGGUGGCUGUAGUGAGAGGAGUAAAUGCUCCUCUUCUUCGGAAGACAAUUAUCGAGCAGCUAGAAAUAGAGAAAAAAGUGUUGGACAAUAAGGCUGAGCGCAAAGUGAUACAAGAUGAGUGGCUAAUAGAACAAGAAAAGGCAGCAGAGGAGAAGAAGGAGGAAGAGAAGAGGAAGGAGGAGGAAAAGAAGAAGGAAGAGGAGGAGGAGGAGGAGAAGGAGAAAGAGAAUACAGAAGAGGGAGCUGAAAAUGAGCCCACUGAUGAAGAUGCAAUAGUUCCUGCAGGUAAAUCAUUCACUUUGGCAAUAAUAAAACCAGAUGUUGUUGCACAUGGAAAAGUAAAUGAAAUAAUAAUGAAGAUCCAAGAAGCUGGAUUUGAGAUUCUUGCCCAUGAAGAAAGAACUCUUACUGAAGAUGAAGCUCUAGAUUUUUACCAGCACAAGUCAGCAGAGCCAUAUUUUGAGGAGCUGGUGCAGUUCAUGUCAAGCGGGCCAUCCUACAUUUUGAUUAUCUCACAACCUGAGAGCUCUGAUGAUGUAAUACCAGCAUGGCGCGAGUUCAUCGGUCCUAAAGACAUUGAUGUUGCUAAAAGAGAGAAACCUGAAAGUCUUCGUGCUCAGUACGGAACAGAAACCUUUUUUAAUGCUGUGCAUGGCAGUGAUGAUCAGGAUCAAGCAAGUAGAGAGCUUGCUUUCUUCUUCCCCAACUUUAAAAUGGCAAAGAAAAGCAAUGAAGAGGUUACAGAUGUGCCAGUGGAAAGGACGCUAGCUCUGAUCAGGCCUGAUAUUCUUAAGGAAAGAAAAGAGGAGAUUCUGGAAAAGAUUCGAGAGGAAGGAUUCAGCAUUGCCAUGCAGAAGCAGGUGAUGCUUACAGAACACCAAGUCCGUGAAUUUUACAGGGACCAUGUUAAUGAAGACUACUUUCCUGCAUUGCUACAAAGCAUGAUGAGUGGCCCAGUUCUCGCCGUUGCUCUGGUUAAGAAGGGAGCAGUCGAUCACUGGAAAAGACUCCUGGGACCCAAAAGUAUUGAUCAGGCCAGGGAGGCAGCACCAGAAAGUUUGAGGGCACAGUUUGCAGUAGACAGGACUCCAAUAAACCAACUACAUGGGAGUGCAACCAGUGAAGAGGCUGCAAAAGAAUUGAACUUCUUCUUUCCCCAAGAACAAACUCUUGCAGUGAUUAAGCCUGAUGCAAUGGAGAAACAUAAAGAUGACAUUAUUGAAAGUGUAAAGAACCAGGGAUUCUUAAUAACACAAAUGAAGGAAACGGUUCUCUCCAGAGAAAUGGCUGAAGAAUUCUACAAGGAACACAAAGGAAAACCUUUCUUCGAGCAGCUGGUUGACUACAUGUGUCGUGGACCAUGCAUGAUGAUGAUUCUGAGUAAGGAGAAUGCUGUAGAGGAAUGGAGAAAUAUGAUGGGACCCACCAACCCAAAAGAAGCUAAGGAAUCAUCUCCUGGCUCACUGAGAGCACGUUUUGCCAAGGAUAUUCUGGAAAACUCAGUGCAUGGACCUUCUAAUCUUCAACAUGCUUUGGAAAAAAUAAAGUUUGUAUUUGAUGACAUUGGACUGGGGCCAAACGGGUCUCUUCAGGGUGUAGAGCCAGCGCUGGACAGAGCUGAUCACUUAGAUGCUCUUAUAAAUGGCACAGAGAUGACAGAGGAGACAGCCAUUUCUAAUGACGAGCAAUCAGAAGCACCUCCUGACAGUACAAAUCAGGCUGAAGAAGAAGAAGAAUCUUGACUUGAAGCCCAGUGGAAAUUCAAAUUCAACCUGAAACUGGAAAGAAAACCUGAAGUUUACAGUCUGAUUUUUUUUUUUUUAACCUGAAAAUAUUUGAUGUUUUUGCUGGACCAGUGUUCAGCCUCCAUGUAUAUUUUAAUCAAGUAUGACAAUGGCUGAAAGCCUAAAACGGACCUGUGGGCUUCAGUCAUUAUGACUCUCCACAUGCAUUUAAAUUCAUGCCAUGGCAAACCAAGAAUUUAUAUUUCUGAGAUGUCACACCGCUGAAGCAUAUUUACAUAUCAUCUCCCAUGAUAAAUGGAAGCCAGCAUCUUUAAAAGACUGCAAGUGUCUCUCGGGGAAAAUGUUUUAAAUGUGAAAACACAUCACACUUUGGGUGCAGGUGGAUAUGCAGGACUCUUUUGUCCACGUCUUGUUGAACUGACCUAGCUGGUUUCUGUUUUUUUUUUUGUU